AUGCUCAGUAGCAAGGGAGGGUUUUAGUCCCGAGUAAGAAACUCUCCCACUCAUAGUUUCUUGGAAACUUCGGGAUUCUUCCCCCAGCUCCAUGGAGAGAUAUCCAGCCCGUGCCUCUCCCGAGGGACCGCAGCACUCCCGGGCUGGGACAUAAUGAGACCAACCAGCCCCUCGGGGCUCUGCCUCCCCCCACGAAGUUGGACGUGGGCUACAAACUUGGUAACUGUUUCUUUAUUUUUGCAGCUGCCUCCACGGGCCUCCCAAGCUCCCAGCCACUUCCGGGAAAGCCCCGUGUCCAAGUUCGGGAUCGGACCUCCUUUGGAAAACUCAAGUUUGUUGUAUAGAAGCAAAGGCCGGGGGGAGCUCAGCUUCAAUCUGUCAGUCCUGGGAGACAGAUCCCUUGACCUGCCUUUCAAGGCUUCGCAUCAUGCAAAUGGAUGUCCUGCCCGGGAAGGACCCCCAGCUCUAUGCCAAGGGCUCCUGGAAGGAGCUCCUUUGGGAGAUCAGGAUCUCCCCUUUAAGAACUGGCUUCGUAUUGAGAACUACCAUUACAAAAUAGCAGCUGAAGUAUCACUUGGAAUGGGAAAUGGCAGAAGAACUGGAGAUUGUGACCUGCUCUUGACUUCAGCAGCCUCAGAUGAACCUUGGAGUCAUUCAUUAUUUUCUCUAAUAAGUUCCUGGACCAAGAAGACUUUAUUCAAAAGGGAUUCUUCUAUCAUGCACCACCUGCACGAAGAUGUUUCCAGAAUUACUGUGUCUUCUGAGUAUGGGAUCAUUUUCCAGAAAUGUGCAAUAGUGUCCCAGCAGAGUGAGGCUGAGACUGCCUCUGUGAGACUUCUCAUUAACAAUACCAAGACGCCAUCUGCAGCCAAUCUCUCAGAUCUUGUCCUGCUAGACAAUAUUACAGGCCUCACUGUACUGGAAUCCUCUGGAAAUAAGACUUCAGAAGGAUUUCAAGUAUUCAGAAAGAAAUUUCUCCAAGCUGGUGAUUUUUACUCAAUAAGCUACAGUGCCCUGCUGAAGGCCAAGGAAGCCAGAAACAGCAAGAUUCUGAGUCUCCCUGCUCAACUAACAUUUCACAGUCUAUCCCUGAACAAAACAGAGUUGAAGGCACUUUUGACUAUAAGAGGACAAGAAAAGACAAAGGUUUCACCAAACCAUGGUGCUCAUGCAGCAGGAUUUUUCAUUGCAUUUCUGGUCUCUCUAGUACUCACCUUUGUCAUAUUUUUAUUUAUGUCUCAGUCUCGAUGUUUCAAAUGGAACAUCUGUAAUAAAAAUCGGGUCGAACAGAGCCCUCAUCAAGAAAGCAAGCUGGAGUAUUCACAGUUCACUUCAGUAGAUGGUAUGAGUGAAGAAUUUGCCAUCAGUGACCAAAUCAUUGACAUACUAUUGUCGGAAGAGCCAGGGAACAUGGUGCAAGCCUUAGAAGACAUGGAGAUAGCUACCCUGACCCGAGCAGAUGCAGACUUACAGGCUUGUCGCAUGCAGAUUAGCAAACAUAUAAUUGGUAUGUUAUUGAAAAACCUGAAUCUCAGUGGCAACCUCUCACCCCACAUGGAGAAAAGGAUGAGUUCAGUUUUCAAAAAGCAAUUUCUCAAGAUGGAGACUGAAGUACAAGAAGAAUAUGAUCGGAAGAUGGUGGCCCUGAAUGCAGAAUGCAACCUGGAGAUGAGGAAGAAAACAGAGGCUCAGUGUCAGAGGGAGAUGGUGGCAAUGGAGGAAGCCGAAGAGUUGCUGAAGCGUGUCAGUGAGAGAUCUGCUUUAGAGUACAGAAAUCUGCUGCAUAAUCUCCACCGACGGGAACAGGACCACUUGAGGAAGUCACUCUUACUCAAACGGGAGGAAGAUUUUGCAAAAGCUUACAGGGAAUUGGCAAUUUUCCAAAGAAAUGAACUACACAACAUCUUUUUUACACAGAUAAAAAGUGCUGUUCUUAAGGGAGACCUAAAGUUGGAGACUGCUAAAAUGCUUCUUCAGGAUUAUUCUAAAAUACAGGAGAAUAUUGAAGAGUUAAUGGAUUUUUUACAAGCUAAUAAGAAAUAUCACUUGAGUAAGCGAUUUGGCUAUAGAGAAUACCUGAUUCAAAGCAUACAAUCAUUAGAAACUUGGAACCAAAGUCUUCUGAACACAGCAACAGCUCAGAUAACAAGCCUCAUCCACAAAAAUGAGAGAGCUGGGUAUUUAGAUGAAGACCAGAUGGAAACACUUUUGUCUCGAGCUCAGGCAGAAGUUCUUUCUGUUCAACACAAAUUGGAAAAUGAUUUGAAGCAAGAAAAGAAGAAACUUCACCAAAAAUUAAUAAUUAAGAGAAGACGUGAAAUGAUGCAAAAGCAAAAAGAAUUGCGGAAGGAGCAGCUUUCCAUGAGGGAUGCCAUUAGAACCUCUGGAGAGGUUAGCCAUUAUCUGAUCCAUUGGCAGACCAUACUAGCUGACCACAACGCCACACUGGAAGAGCUGGUUGAAAGGCUUGACCAUGAUGCCCUGGAAGAACUGAAGACCCUCAAACAGGGGCUCAUCACGAAAGCGACUGAUGAGAUGAGACGCAUCCAGAAUGGGGUGAUGACCCAAGAGUUACUCAAACUCAAUGUGCCCUGGCUCUUCUUGCAGCAGAUCCUAGAGGAACACAGCAAAGAGAUGGUGACUCACACUGAGCAGCUUGAAGGAGAAGAAAGGGCCAAGAGUCAAGAUUAUCUCCAGAACAUGAAGCAAAACCUGAACGAUGAGCUGGAGAGACAUGUGGCAGAACAGAAGGAAUUAAGGCACUGGGAACAAUUGGUAUUCACGAAGCUUCUGUGUUUACCCCUUUCAUUAUCUGAAGAAGAAUUGCUUAAAAUGAGGCAAAAGUUUCACAGCUGCUUUGCUCAGAUGGACAACAGCUUAGCCUUGCCUCGAAUUCGGGCCCGGGUAUUGCUACAGAAUUUUCAGUCAGAUUGGAGAGAAGCCGAGUUCCUGAAAGUGGACCAAGCCUUCACAGCUCCAGAUAUUCAGCAACAAUCUAAAGUCAAAAAGCAGCGUGCCAAGAACAAAAGGAAGAUAGACAUUUUGAAGAAAUGUGUGGAAGAUAAAAUUCAUAUCUUUUCAGAACAGGCUAGUGAAUACCUCCUUGAAAAGGUCCACAGGGAGCUGUUGCUGGAAAGAGUUUGUCAGCUAAAGGCUCAGGAGGACAAACUUGGGGAGUAUGUGACCUCUGUUCAACUCCACAAAGUGACAAAGAAAUGGAAGACACAGGAGGUUUACACCACUCUCAGCACUGUUCAGGGUUUGCUGUUGGAAGAGCUGAGCACAUCGGAAACCAUGACAAAGUCAGCCUGUACUCAGAUCCUGGAAUCACAUAGUCCAGAGAUUGAGGAACUCGAUAGGAAGCUGGAAUAUGAGUUGGUACACAGAGAGACUGUGCUGCAGCAGCAGGCCAUCAUGAACAGACAGCAGUGGAUUUCCGAAGGACUUGGCCUUUUGAAUGAAACUGGAGAAAUGAAUUCAGAAAGGCAGAUUUCUGCUGUGUUGUGGCAAGCCCUGACCAAGUCUCAGAAGGUAUUAGAGCUUCAUAAUCAAAGUUUAAGGGAAGAACAGCAGAAUAGCAUUGUGCUUGAAGACUUGCUGGAGAACAUUGAGAUGGACACCUUUUUGACCCUCUAUAACCAGGUAAAUAUUUCCUCCUAUAAUGGAAAGUUCACAGAUGAUUCUCAUAUGUACCAUGAUGCCAUGGAGUUGAACACUAACCAAGUUACUAACACAAAGGAUGCUGAAGGACAUGUUAAGAUGAUGAGGACCGACAAAGUACAAUUGGAAAAUUUCCUCUCCUGCUUGGUCAGCUUCAGAAAUGACAGUGUGAGUAAGAGCCUGAAGUGCCAGGGCUGGAGAAGGUGGAGUUGCUCAGCCCUGCUGGCUCCUGGCCAAGCCACAACACUUUUCAUGGAGUGUGCCAAGCUGUAUCAUCAAAAUAUAGCCAGAAACAGGGAGGAUCUCAGCAUCACCAAACCACUGGAGUAG